GAGGGGGAACUCAUCAGGCGAGACGGUCUCUUUGGUCAGACGUUGGAAUCAUCAAGACUGUCUCUUUCUCUCCACGACAGAUCCGUCUGAACCAGACGUCACCAACCCAUUUCUCUAUCUCUCGAAUCUAAUUCUGGGUCUUCGAUUUUUCUCCGUGAUUGAGCUUCUGCUGACGAGUGUCUGAAAUUUGGUGUUUUCUUGAGAUAUUUGCUUUGUGGGGAACUGGGAUUAGUGAGAAUCACCGGUGUUUCAGCUUUAGUCUGACGUAUACAUGUCGGGAAAUUCCGCUCCGAUCGGUCACCUGCGGUUUUCAGCAUCUUCUUGAAGAUUAAAUUUGGAUAACCCCAGAAAGAGAAAGGAACCAGAUGAGGAUGAAGACCAAACACAACAAGAAACCAACAUCUUUGCGUUGCAAUAAUGCAGGCAGCCGAUGUUCACCGUCUGCUGUAGUGUGGACAGUUUUAGGGUUCCUCCUCUUGAUUCAUCUUGUCUCGAUAUAUAGCAGACAAGAUAGCAUAAACCGGGAAGUUUCUUCUCAGUUGCUAAUACAUCAUCAUCCCGUUGUUCGGGAACUUGAGCGAGUGGAAGAGGAGAAUAUACAAAUGCCUCCACCUAGGAAGCGUUCUCCACGUGCAAUUAAACGGAAACCAAAACGUCCAACCACUUUGGUAGAAGAGUUCCUCGACGAAAACUCCCAGAUCCGUCAUGUUUUCUUUCCCGACAUGAAAACCGCCAUUGACCCCACCAAGGAUAUGGGGAACGAUACCUUCUAUUACUUCCCAGGGAAAAUUUGGCUGGAUACCGAAGGAGCCCCUAUUCAAGCCCAUGGUGGAGGGAUUCUGUAUGAUGAGAGAUCUAAAACCUACUACUGGUAUGGAGAAUAUAAAGAUGGACCGACCUAUCAUGCUCACAAAAAAGGACCUGCUCGGGUUGACAUCAUAGGGGUAGGAUGCUACUCUUCGAAAGACUUAUGGUCAUGGAAAAACGAGGGCAUCGUUCUAUCGGCUGAAGAAACAAACGAGACACAUGAUCUACACAAAUCCAAUGUCCUAGAACGACCGAAAGUGAUAUACAACGAAAAGACAGGGAAGUAUGUCAUGUGGAUGCACAUUGAUGAUGCAAACUACACCAAAGCUUCCGUCGGCGUAGCCAUCAGCGAUUAUCCGACAGGACCCUUUGAUUAUUUACACAGCAAACGCCCGCACGGGUUCGACAGUAGGGACAUGACGAUAUUCAAGGACGAGGAGGACCGUAUUGCAUAUCUAAUAUACUCCUCAGAGGACAAUAGUGUACUUCAUAUCGGUCCACUUACCGAUAAUUACCUCGAUGUGAAGCCGGUUAUGAAGAGAAUAAUGGUGGGACAACACAGGGAAGCACCGGUUGUGUUCAAGCACCAGGGUACCUAUUACAUGAUCACGUCCGGCUGCACCGGCUGGGCCCCUAAUGAAGCCCUGGCUCAUGCGGCCGAGUCCAUAAUGGGACCGUGGGAGACAUUGGGCAAUCCCUGUAUAGGCGGGAACAAGAUUUUUCGGCUGACCACAUUCUUUGCUCAAAGCACGUACGUGAUACCGGUGCCAGGUGUACCGGGAGCGUUUAUUUUCAUGGCAGAUAGGUGGAACCCGGCUGAUUUACGGGACUCGAGAUAUGUGUGGUUACCGUUGAUUGUUGGGGGGCCUGCUGAUCGGCCGUUAGAGUUCAAUUUCGGGUUCCCAAUGUGGUCGAGAGUCUCGAUAUACUGGCACAGGAAAUGGCGACUUCCUUCACGAUGGACGGCUUCUUAAACGAACAGCAAGACAAGAAGUGUUGAUGGGUUUUUUUUUUUGUUUUUGUUUCUGUAGAUGUCUUCCUCCUUGUUCAUGUAUUGUCUGUGUUCAUUGUUGUUUGUUUCGCUUUUGAUUCUGGACAGUGAACGUUUGGGAAGUAGACUUAGGCGUUGUUAAUACACCGUUACAUGAUAUCAA